AUGCCGUCCCAAGAUCGGGACGCUCCCAACAAUGAUCGGGAACUGGUCCGUCAUAGACCGACCCACAGCGAUUCCAGUCGGUCCUUGGUUCCUAUGUGGGACAGCUCCGACCCAGAGCGCGCGCCUCCUCCAUUGCCCUUGAACCCUCGUUCCAUGAGCCCAGCGACUAGACACGGCGUUUCGCCGAACAUUCAGGCCGUGGCAGCCAAGUUCACAGACAAGCCGAGCGAGAACGCUCCCAGCUCUUACACAACAAACCCAAUGCCCAAUAAGGCUGGAUCACCAGAAAGGUCCUUGGUCAAGGGCCACCACCAUAAGCGUCUGCAGUCCUUACAGCCCAACGACACCAAGGGCGAUGCUCGUUCGGAUUUCCUGAACUAUCUCGAAAAUCGAUCCCCCGAGCGGCCUCUUAGGGCUACAAUAAUCGAUCCCACGAACAUGCCGCUGGAUGCAGGCAAAGUUUUUGGAUCCCCACCACGUCCUGCUGAGCGGGAAAUGCCUAGUUACGUGUCAGGUCGUUACUUGUCAAAACCUAUUCUUGGAGAAAGUACUCCCCCAUCCGCCACCAUGCUUGCUUUGCAAAACAUGCAACUCCCUUCUGAUAAUGACCCGCCAUCCCCCUCAAAACCUCCUAAGAUGAUAACGGCGGCGAAGUUUGAAGAACCCAAACACACCAUGGAUACACUAGCGUCGCAAAUCUGCAGCCUAACCGAUAUUGCUAGCAACUUGCAGCGCGAGAUGUCGAAUCUCAGCCGCCGGAGCAAAGAUAACGCUACUGACCUGAUUAGCCUUAAGGCUGCAACAAAUGCUCGCGAUGAAGAUAUUCGGAAGAGCUUGAAGGACUUGUCCUCUAAUCUCACAUCGAAGUAUUUCGAUGGUGAUCUAUCAAGGUUGGAUCUCAGUGCAUUCCUGAAGCCGGAGAGCGGCCCUAACCCCACUGAAUCGGAUAGUUCUCCCAAUUCCAAAAGAAGCUACUCUGUACCACGCAUGCCCAGCCCUAAUCCUUUCGCCUUUGAUCGAGACAUAUGUGGCUCGCCAGCCCCAAUCUCCGAUGGAUCCGCUAGUAUCGCUUUACUCGAAAAGGUUUUGCGCGAGAUGGCCACAAAGGAAGGUGAGGAAAGGCUUUUGGAACUUGUGGAUGAAAUCAAAUCACGGCCGGCAACUACCCCCUCUGACAAGGAUGCCGAUAAGAAGAUCACCAAUAUGCUGGAAGAGAUUCUCAACCUUGUCAAGGAAGACCCGUCAAGCAGAGCUCUUGUUCGUUCGAUGACUACAGAGAAUCUUCGUCCGCCGACCGACUCCAAUAACGGAGGUCUUCGAUCUACCUCGCUCGGGUCUAUUGAUGAAACGGCCACUGUCCGUGCGCUGGAUGUACCCAAGGACGACAAGCUUCAGCGCAGUGCGCCAAAUAACGAUGAAGUUUUGGCAAUUCUACGCACGGUUAAGAGCAGUGUCGUCGAAGGAGGCGGCAUGACCAACAACGUGAAAGCCCUAGUGCGUGAACUACGUGGCGAAGUGCUCGGUAUGGGUCGUGAUCUCGCUCGCAAGCUAGAGGCACUGGAGUCAAACAUUGCCGAGGGAGCACAGCAACAGCCACAAAUUGAAGCUCCAAACGCAGAUCAGAUAUCCGCAAUCAUUCACGAAAGUCUUGGUGACCUGCAGGAGCAGCUGGCUGCUACCGUGAACGAAAGUCGAAGCCAGGCUUCUGCUUUUUCCCAGUUCCAGUCGACCAUGAACAGUGCUGAAAUAUACUCCAUUGUGAAGAAAGCACUGGAUGAGCUGGAGUUUCCUCAGCCUCAAAAGGAGCCCGAUGGCCCUCGAAUGGAGAAAGAUGACAUCCUCGACACUGUACGCGAUGCCUGGGAGACCUACAAGCCCGAGAUCGAAUUGCAGACAAUUGGGCUGGAGCGAGAUGAGAUCCUUGAGUGCCUGGCUGAAGGUCUCAAAUCAUACCAACCGCAGCACGAGCAAGCUAUCACUUAUGAGCAAGUUGUGGCUGCGGUUCAGACCGGCAUGCAGAAUUUCACUCCUCCCCCAGUGGAACAACCGCCCGCUAUUACCCGAGACGAGAUCAUUCUGACUAUCCGUGAGUGUCUUGAGAAGCCAGAAGACACCUCUCGUGCCCUGGAAGACACUCAUGCGAGCAGCCUGGUUUCCAUGCGAGACGACAUCCUCCAGGCGGUCUCACAGAAACUCGAGCCGCAUUCGCGGGGCCUGCAAGAUGAGCAUGUGAAUUAUUUCAACAGCAUUCGCGAUGAGUUGCUGCAUGCCGUGGCUGAAAGGCCAGAGUCUACAAGCAGGGGUCUGGAUGAGGAACAUCUCCACCACCUGGGAUCCAUUCGCGAUGAGAUUCUCCAAGCAAUGUCCCAACGACCAGAAUCCACAACUCGGUCACUGGAUGAUGAACAUAUUCAUUACUUGAACUCGAUGCGCGAUGAGUUACUGCAGGCAAUCGCCGAAAGAUCAGAAUCUACCGACGCGAUUCGCGAUGAGAUUCUUCACGCAAUCUCUGAAAGAACAGAAUCCAGCAGAUCUCUGGAUGAUGAGCACAUUCAUUACUUGAAUUCGAUGCGCGAUGAGUUGCUGCAGGCAAUCGCCGAGAGACCCGAAUCUGCUACCCGAUCCCUGGAUGACGAGCAGAUUCAUUAUUUGAAUUCGAUUCGUGAUGACAUUCUGCAUGCCAUGGCCGAGAAGUCUCUUCAAUCUGUCGAGUCUACCGCUCCCAGGUCUGUAAAUGAAGAGCAGUUUGAGCACCUCAACUCCCUUCGUGAUGAGAUCCUAGACGCAGUGACCAGAUCCAUGACUACUCAGAGCAUGGUUAGCAAGGAAUCUUUUGACUCUGGUCUUGGUCGAGAUGACAUUGUGAGCGCAAUCUCCGAUGGUCUUGAAGCCCACUUCACCUCGGCCAAGGAAAUGGAUGAACCGCGCGUUUCGCGGGAAGAUGUGGUCAAUGCCAUUAAUGAUGCCUUCAAUGCCCAACAGUCCGCCCUGGCAACCAGCCCUCAGCCUGCUAUCUCCCGUGAAGAGAUCAUGGAUGCCAUCGUGGAUGGUAUUGAGAUCGCAAACCAAGCCAAGGAGACAGCAAUCAGUACGAAUGUCCAGCCGUCUUCGUCCAUUUCCCGUGAGGAGAUCCUGGAGGCUAUUUCCGAAGGUCUGGAGAAGACAUACGAGUCUCAGAAGUCGUCUUUGAGUACUGAGGUCCAACAGCCGAGUAUCACCCGGGAGGAGGUUUUCACCGCUAUUGUGGAUGGCUUUGAAAAUGCCAAUACCAUGACUCGUGAGAUUGAACUGAACAAAGACGACCUAAUGGAAGCGAUCACAACCGGCCUUCAUGAAGCGACCAAUUCUGCCAACAUCAACGUUGGCGACCAAGUUCUGGAACGACUUCAGGAUGUGGUCGAUGGCAUGAAGGAAGAAUUCAAACAAUACUCCGCGGCCAAUGGCAAGGAUACCGAGCAAGUCUUGGAUGCCGUGAAGGACGGCCUUGCUGUUGUGCGACAAGAAAUUGAGUCUUAUGUGGCCACCGCCCAGGAGGUUUCUGGCAAGCAUGAGAUCAUCGACACUGUCAAGGAAGGAUUUCGCCUUCUGCAGGCUGAUAUGGAAAAAACAAUCACCGACACCGCUGUUUCCAAUGCCACCCCUAGCAGCCCCGAUACAACGGAGCUGCUCGAUGCUAUGGAGAAGGAGUUCGAGCACCUUCGUGGUUCAAUCAGCAAUCUCCUCUUAGACAGCCAUCGAGCCAGUGACAAGGAUGAAAUCCUUGAUGCGAUUCGUGAUGCCAGCGAGCAACAUAAGAACAAGUCGACCGAUGAGCAGAUCCUGAAUUCCAUCAAAGAAGAGUUUGAGAAGAUGCGCGAGUCCACGGCGAUGAGCGUUGUUCGUUCUGAGCCUCCCCCAUCUGAGAAGGAAGACAUCAUUGCCGCUCUUCGGGAGCAUUUCGAUGCCCUUCGUGAAGAAACAAACACUAGGUCAGCCGAUGAAGAGAUUCUCCGCUCCAUCAAGGAAGAGUUUGAGAAACUCCGCGAGUCUACGGCAAUGAGUGUUGUUCCUUCUGAGGCUUCAACUGAGAAAGAGGACAUCAUUGCCGCUCUUCGGGAACAUUUCGAUGCUCUCCGCGAGGAAAACAUGCAGCAGAACACUAAGUCGGCCGAUGAGCAAAUUCUUAAUUCCAUCAAGGAAGAAUUUGAGAAAUUCCGCGAGUCCACAGCGCUGAGUGUCGUUCGCUCUGAGCCCCCUCCAUCCGAAAAGGAGGACAUCAUCGCCGCUCUUCGGGAGCAUUUUGAUGCCCUUCGUGAAGAAACCAUGCAACACAAGGAUGGCGGCGAGAAUUCGGGGUCUGCCACCAGUGAACUGCUUGAUGCCUUCAAUGAUGGUAUCCUUUUGAUCCGCGAUGACGUACAGAAAGUUCUAGAUAAGCCUGCUGAUUUUGACAGCUCUGAGAUCCUUGACACUAUCAAGGAUGGCAUGGCGGAGCUGCGAUUAGAGAUUGACUCCCUUCGCCAGUCCCAAAAGGAGGAGACCGAGACCGAUGUUGUGGAGACAACUCGUGGCGGAGAGGUCGUGCUUGCCAACGAGCCAUCUGCCCUGGGUACCGACAUCGAAGGCUUGAAGACUCUCAUCACCCAGCUGACAGACAAGAUGGAAUCAAUCGAAACCACUCGUGCUGCGGAGCCUGUUGAGGACCCUACCGCAGAGCCUACCGAGCCAGCUCUCAACCGCAGCCAUCUGGAUGAGGUAUUGAUGACUCUUCAAGAAGUUCAGUUGGCUAUCGGUGAGUUGAAGCCUACCGAGCCUGCCGAACCUCCCUUGAACCGUGCCCAUCUCGAUGAGGUCAUGGUGGCUCUCCAAGAAGUGCAACUCGCCCUUGGUGAGAUGAGUGCUAGUCGGGAGAUCCCCGAGGGAGGUGCGCGGAAGGAAGAUACCGACACCAUCGAAGGCCUUCUCAUGGGAACCAAGGCUCAGAUUGAGGAGAUCCAGUUCCCAUCUCUCGAUGAAGUUGCCACUUCUGAGCAUAUUGGGACUCUUGAGGCUAUGAUCCGCGAGUCGAAGGAUGCUAUUGCCGACUUAUCUACUCGCCUGGAGGCGGAGGGCUCUACAAAGUCUGAUAUUGGCACUCUGGAAGGCCUGAUCAAGGAUGUUUGGGUUGCCCUUGAAGAGUUGAAGGGCAAGACUAAAGGAGAGGAGGAGACAGAAGGAGAUGAAGGUGAGGAAAACGGCAAGCUGCUCAAGUCUGAUCUUCAAACCGUGGAGGCUAUGAUCUUCGAGGUCAAAUCUCAAAUUGACGAGCUCAAGUUGCCUGAUGUGGAAACUCUUCCCACGAAGGAGGAGAUCCAAGAGCUCUCGGCUCUCGUUACCGAUUUCCGGGACAAGAUGGAGAAUGCCAACGACCUCACUGCCCAAGGCUUUGAGGCCCGGAAAACUGAGCACGGUGGUCUUGCCAUCAAGAUCGACGAGAAGAUUGAUGAGGCCAAAUUUGUCGUUGGUGAGCUUGGAGACGAGCUUAAGAGUAAACUUGAUGGCAGCAGCGAAGGACUCAUGGAGCUCAAACAAUUGCUCGAGGGCCUGGCUAUCUCUGCCGAGAACUUUACCACUGUCGAAAACGUCAAAGAGCUCACUGAUCUCAUCAACCGCGAGUUCGAGCGCGCCCGCGGCGAGGAAGAUGCUGGCAGGCUGGAAAAAGAAGAGAGAGAUGCUGCUGCUUUAGUCAAGCACGACGAGACUCGGGCUGCAGUUAUUGUUGAGCUGGGAGCCAAAAUCGACGAGAAGAUCGGAGAAGUGAUCGCUAAAUAUGAAGAAGCACAUACCUCGUUGCACUCCAAAUUCUCGGAGACCGAGGAGCGUGAUCUGGCUCAUGCUGAAGCGGUCACAAGCACCAAAUCCCUCGCUGAGGACAUCAGGCUUGUCAUUGGCGCUAUGGGCACUACUGUCACCGAGGCUUGUGAGCGCACGACCGAGGAGACCAAGGCUCUUGCUGUGAAGGUUGAUGAAUCAUACAACCGGAUGGAAGAGAUGCACAACGAAGCCAAAUCGCACCAGGAGCAGUCGCGAGGCGAGAACGAGAGAGUGGUUGCGGCCACCGAGCGUGUGGAGAGCAAAUUGCUCGAGUUCAACCCUCAAAUUCUGGAGACUGUGCAGCAGAUCCUGACUGUUGUCAGCCAGCACUUUGACCACUCGCAAAAGUCGGCGGAGGAGGUCAAGUCAGAACUUAUGUCCCUUCCGACUGCCAUUCCAAGCAUGCUUCCUGCUUUGCCACCCCCGGAAUCUUCUCGGGAGAUCGAAGACGAUCCUGUUCACAACAAGCUUAACGAUCUUUUGGCGCACGCCAAGAACAGCCCUGUUCAGGAUGUUUUGAACACUCUGCUGGAACACUCGAAGAGCACUCAACUGCAUGAAAAGCUCGACCGUGCUCUGGAGCAUGGCGCUGCGUCGAACAGCGAUAUUUAUGAGAAGCUGAAUCAGAUCCUUGAUCAUACCACCAAUGGUACCGGUUCUAUUCACGAGAAGCUUGAUGCUCUGCUCAGCCGUCCCGUCACUACUGUUGAUCCUGAACAGUCAGUCACCCAGAUGAUGAAGCUGGAUGAGAUGCACAAGGACAUAAUGGAGAACACUCGUAAGAUGAACGAGAUGUUUGCUGUGCAGUCCACGCUCGUCGCUGAGGAGACUGAGCGCAAGCGUCGUGAAGCGGAGGAAGCUGCAAUUGCCUUGGAGCGCAGGAUUGCCCAGCGCGAGCAAGUCGAGGCCGACAUUGUCGGUUUGCAAGAGGAGAAGGAAUCUCUAUUGAAGAUGUUCCAAACCCUAAAGGCAGAGAAGGAUGAACUUGCCAAGCAGACAUCCAAGAUGAGCAAGGAGCUUUCCGGCCUUGAGACCGCCCUAGAGAUCCGCCAUGAAGAGAUGCAGCAGAUGGAGGAGCGUGCUGAUGGGCUGGAGAAGCGCAUCCUUGAAGGUGUUCUCGACCAUGCCCGCAGUAUUUUGUUGAGUCGGUCUGGUAGCCUCAACAGCAUGAACCUCAAGCGCAACCAAAGCACGCGUUCGUCUCGCGCUGGUGCUCGCAGCCCUAGCAUGGCUAGCAUUACUACUACAAGCACUGCCCGAGAGCCAAAGGACGCACGCAGCCUUCUCGGUAAUGGUGUCGGUAUGGCUCUCAAGCGCCGUACAGGCAACAGCCUCCAACCUGGGCCAGCCGCGGUUCAACCCAACAUUGGAAAAGAGCGACGAAUUCUCAGUUUGAGUCAUGUUACAGGAAACCGCGAUGCUGGUCGUCAAUCGGGUCCAAACGGCGGCAUCACUAGCCUGAAGCGUAGCCACUCGGUCAAAUCCAACUUCUCGGCCCGCAAGACCUCUUGGGCCGGCCCCACUGCAAACAAAGAGAACGAAGCAUUCCCAGAGGAAGAGGAGCCCGAGAGUGAACCCGAGACCGAUGCCGGCACGGAGCGCAAGAGUAGCUACGCAGGUACCAACCGGCAGUCUAGCUACGCAGGAACCAACCGGCAAUCUAGCUACACAGGAACUGAUCGAAAACUUAGCUAUGCCGAAACUUGCACUGACAGCAUGGUCACCGGAGUUACCGAUAGUGUUAUCUCAGAAGAUCGACGCACUAGUGGCAUGAGCAGUGCCACCGGGGAGCACGAGGAGUCCGAGCUAGCAUCAGAUGAUGAUGAAGAUGAUGCUCAGACUGCCCGUGAAGACGACGACGAUGAUGUUAAUUCAGAUGAAGAAAAUGAAGAGUCAGAAGGUCACCAGGAUGAUGUGGAUGACAGACUUUCUGACACUGCCUCAGCAAUGGAGGCUGAAGUUCUGAAGCUGCUGGAGCCCCCUCCUGACAGUGGAUUGGGAAGUGAGAUGACUGUCUCAUGA